GCCGUGCUGUUGAUACAGCGAGCCGGCAAAGCCUCGUGAUGUGGGCCAAACCUCUUUUAGAGAAGAACAGUGUGGCUGAAAUAGUGGAUCCUCGGCUAGGAGAUAACUUCGACUCGGGUGAGAUGAAACUGGUGAUGCAAACGGCGUCGAUAUGCAUACACCUUAUAGCCAAGAUGCGCCCAGACAUGACCCGGGUGGUGCAGCUCUUGAGAGGAGAAGAUGGGACAGAGGAAAUGGAGAAACCGGGCGGAGGAAGAGCGGUGAGCCUUGACGGAUGCUAUCACCAAGAUUACACCUGCGCCUCCUACCUCAACGAUCUCACCCGCCACCGGCAACUCUUGAUGGAGUGAGUGAAGUGAAGUGACUCGUCUUGUUUUCAACAAGCCCCACAGUGCAAGAAACCCAAAAAAAACCCCAUCUUUUUUUGGCUCUUCCCUCAGUCUUCUUGGGGAUUCUCUUGCCUAUGUGUGCUUCUCCGUUGUUAAAAAAAAAAAAGAUUUGAUCUUUUGUUCUCCUCCAUUGUGAAUAUCUCGAAAGAGAGUGCCCUUUUCUUUGUAUUGGCUCUCGUCUGAGUGUAAUGCGAAUGCCAAUUCUCAGCUA